AUGGAAUUAGUGGGUGCUGGGGAAGAUUCCACCAGUCAGUUAAAAUGGAUCACGAUUCUGGAAAAAAUACCAGAAAUAUAUUACAACAGUCACUAUCUAAGCAAAAGGCAAAGGCUUCACUUGAUGGGCUUUGAAGUGGGAUGUAGAAUCCUGGAUGCCCUAACAAUAAAGGACAAGAUUACAACCAGAUUCACCACCAUCGUACCCUUACUAAGUUUCAUAUCCACGAGCGUCUGGAAGUACCUGUUUAACCACCACGCGGUUCUCAUGAGAGGGAAGGACAGCUACAAAGAAUACAUGUUGAACGACAAGGAAUUUCAAAUUACCAAAUAUAUCUCGAUGCCGAGGGAAUUGCAAUAUUCAACCUGCUCUUCAUUUAUCGCCGGAAUUGUGGACGGGAUUCUAUCUAGUGCCAAAUUCGUACCUCCGUAG